AUCCCAUGCCGUCAUCAACAAUCGCCAAGAUUGCAUGGUCGUCUCGUUUAGUUUUUUUAAUGGCGUUUCGGAAGCACAUUACCUUUGUUUUUUGGAUUAAUUAAUGAAUAUUCCCCGGUGGAUUCACCGCCUUGUUUUAUUAGGUAGGUCCAUGUUUUUGUCACGCUUCUUCGUUGCAAACUUUUUAGCCGCGAGCAGGCUCGAGUUGACGUUACCAGAAUGUGGUCUCUGAAGGUCGGCUCCUCGGCACUUGCUUCUUCUAGAAUUUACAGGACUAAAAUAAACAGAUUCUCGACCGAUCUUGUUUAUUUUUCGGUCUGCACGGCCUCUCCGGAAGAGAUCCCCGUCAUUCGCGUUCCUUGCUCCAUACAGAAUCGCUUUGAGAAUGUGAAGCAAACCCGGGGUAGGAACAACAUCAACACCAGCAAAGCUGGUAAGCUUCUCAUCCAGAGCAGAAACGCUAGUUUGAACCAGUCUGUAGGAUACACGCACGCAAAGUUUGACGAGCCUACACUCUGCUCCAAAGGAUGGAAGCAUAAAAAGUCAUUCGGGGAUUAUUUCACAGUCAACAACAUCAAAUCUGUGGCGCCUUUUGUGUCUGGAAGCGGGCAGGGGGAGGAUAUUAAAAAGACAGUGAAGACCUUCCAUAAACUGCACAUCUCCAGUGAGCUGGUGGAGACUUUGGAACGCUUAAACAUCACUCAUCCCACCACCGUGCAGCUACAGACAAUCCCCAAGGUGAUGAGGGGUCACAACAUCCUGUGUGCAGGGGAGACAGGAAGUGGGAAGACGCUGAGUUAUCUGCUGCCAAUUGUGCACAAGUUGCACCUGGAUGAAGAGAUUUAUGAGGAGGGGUCUCAUAAAAUCCACACUGUGGUUGUGGUGCCCUCCAGGGAGCUGGCUGAACAGGUGGCGUCUGUGUCCAGGAGCCUUUGUGCCCCAUUGGGCAAGGUGACGAGGACGGUAGGAGGCGGGCAGGGCGUGGGGCACAUCAAGGGGGUCUUCAAGCAAGGGAUUCCUGACAUUUUAGUAGCCACUCCUGGCGCUCUUGUCAAAGCCCUGCGGAGACGUUGCUUGGACUUAAGCCAUCUUCGCUUCCUGGUAGUGGAUGAAGCGGACACUAUGUUUGACCCGAGCUUUGCCGAUAUGCUGGAGGACAUUUUGCGGCACACCGAAAUCGCCCGCAACCCGGGCGAGACGCAAGGCCCCGCACGUAAGGCCCAACUGCUGGUGGUGGGUGCCACCUUCCCUGGCGGGGUCGGCGAUGUCCUCAGCCGGGUGACGGAUCUCGGCAACAUGGUUGUUAUCAAGAGCAAGAUGCUGCACUUCCUCAUGCCGCACGUGAAGCAGACCUUCCUCAAGGUGAGAGGGCAGGAUAAAGUACUUGAGCUCAACCAUUAUCUGAAACGGCUCCAGCAGGAACAUGGAGCAUCAGGAGGGAACGCCGUCCUUGUGUUCUGCAACAAGGCCUCCACCGUCAACUGGCUGGGGUACUCCCUGGAGGAGAUGGGGGUGCCACAUGCUCGCCUCCAAGGGGAGAUGCCGGCUGUGGUUCGUGCGGGCAUCUUCCACCGUUUCCAGAAAGGCACGACCGAAGUUCUCCUCUGCACUGACGUCGCCUCGCGAGGCCUGGACACGUCCCGGGUCCGCCUGGUGGUCAACUAUGACUUCCCGGAGUCGCACACGGACUACAUCCACAGGGCGGGCCGGGUGGGGAGGGCCGGGGGUUGUGAGGGUGGCCAGGUACUAAGCUUUGUCACACACCCGUGGGAGGUGGACCUUGUGCAGAAGAUCGAGAUGGCGGCACGGAGGAGAACUAGUUUGCCUGGUAUGGAGUCUGAGAUACGCGAGCCAAAACCUGUCAUAAAUGAGACACAAGAGUUGAGGUGAUGGACAUUACUCUUGGAAAAACCAAACCAUACUCUGUUAAUAAUGCAGUAAAUGUCCACCUAACUAUUUUCCAUUACAGUCGUUAAUUUAUGAUGGUGAAAAAUCCCCAAAUAAAUGUUUCUUCCCCUAU